AUGGCGGACUACAGCUUCCAAUGCCUCAGCUGCUUGGCCAACCUCGAUGCACGGCUGGGUCUCCAGGAUGACUUCGAGUUCCCACCCAACCUUCUCCUUUUCUACAAGCUGGCCGGAGCUCCAGACAUCUCUCCCUGCCCUCAGAGUCGGAAGGAUGUGCUCUUCGCCAAGGCUCAUGAGGUCUUUAGGAACACCAGUAAUGUGGGAGAAUAUUACUACUUAAUACGCCCCUACCUUGGUGGUGCCCCCUUGGAGGAACUUCAGUACCUGGCUGGGGCCAGUAUUUCCAUGGACAUUGAUACGUUCACCAACCUCAACCCCCUGACGCUGAAGAGCAUGGGUGUGGCCAGUGUGAGAAAUCUGCUGGGCCAGAACCUGGGAGAUCUGCAGAAGGCCCGCAACCACCCAAACAUCAUCCUGUGGAUGCACAGCCACAAUAUGUCAGACCUUUCUGAGCUGGGCCUGGACAGCAGCCCCACACUGGCCUAUGUGACCAACAGGCCCCCCAACACUGCCUACCCGACAUCCAAUUUGAUCCACUCCCUGGAUCUGCCAGGGAAUGAUGAUGUCUCCCACAGCUCAGGAAGUCCUCCAGUUCAUCUGGGGUACUUGUCACUUGCUGUGGUUCUGCCUUCCAGCCUUCUGUGGCUGCUACUGUGUCAGUUACCUUUGGGACAAAUGGACACUACUCACAGUACACUAGGACCCUGGCCAUUGCCAAUGGCACUGACCCGGGGCAGUCAGACCCCUGAAUAUCAGAUUCAGGAGAAACGGAGCUGCUAG